AUGUCUUUCCAGCCUAACACAUCUGCUCAACCCUCCAGGCCUGCACCAAUCGUUGGCAACUUUUUCGCUGCAGUCUAUGGCGCACCGAGCUUCGACUAUGUGUAUUGCUUGAUCGCACAGCCUGCAGAAACGACCCCAAGCAUUGUCACCUUGAGACGUACCGACUCGUCGGAUACUACCUCGCAAAUUAGCUCGUUCAGCUCUGGCUAUGGCCACCGCGACUCCAAGAUUGCUGCAAAUAGGCGCGACUUCUCGGAGCCGAGUCAGCAAUCUUCUGUCUUCUACCAAGGCUACAACGGCAACUUGUUCGAGUGGAGGAUUGAUAAGAAUGGAGGACGCGCCCACAUCGGUGUCAAUACCGUGCCAGAGACCACCAGCGGCAGUGCAAUUGCUCCAGUAAUGGGGUCAUCUCUGGCGUCAGUGACUACUGGUCAAGAUUAUCAGACCGCCUUUUUGUUUUAUCAAGCACUUGACAAUAGGAUUUACUACGUGUAUCAGAAAGCGUUCGGGCAAUGGAGCAUCCCUUCUCUUGUCACGUAUGACCCCGCGAUGCCGCGAACAACCCUCUCGGCCUUUUCGUGGACCGAAACAGAUGCGUACACCGGCACCGACACGGUCGACUGUGUUUGUGUCAUGUACAACCAGGCUCCCGGCCGCUAUUUUGAACCUGUAUCCGGGUUCAAUGGUCCGGUCAUGCGCGGACCGUUCGCCACAGUUCAUACGGGGGUUCAGAAUAGUGUCGACAACCAAUACCGGCUCUUCAGUCAGCCUCAGGAAGAUCCGUCGAGACUUUUCCAGGGACAAGUCUCUCAAGGCGGCAACUUUUUAGAUAUGUCAUUGGUGCCCAAUACUACUGGUGUUAGGACACCUGCGCGUGGCACAUCCAUUGCCGUUGUCUACGAUCCUUCCAAUACCGAUAAUACGAAACGCAGUAUCAGGGUCUUCUAUUCUACUUCCGAGGGUCGUCUCUUAUACAGCACUAUGUAUGACGACAGCGACCUUUACAAUUCUCUUCAACAUGGUGAACUUCAACGUUCUUCGUGA